AUGAUUGAUAAUGUUUCGAUAAUCGGCACUUUGGCAGCACAGUCGCACAGCAGCGAAUCGAAAUCGAAGUUCGAACAGCAGCGACAGAAACAUAAUUCAGUGAUGAUGAAACCAAAAUCCAAAAAACAAGCUUUAAUUGGGAACUUUUUCAAAAGAAAAUACGAAGAAAUUAAUGAUAAUGACUCAAGUCCGAAUGUUGGUAAUGAUAUCCAAGCAAAUGAUGACGUUGAUGCAAGUCCGAAUGUUGAUAAUGAGAAUAUCCAAGCAAAUGAUGACGUUGAUGCAAGUCCGAAUGUUGAUAAUGAUAAUCCUACAACUUCAAUUUCCAACAACACGAGUUGGUUAGAGUAUAGCAUCAAGGAAGACAAAGUAUAUUGUUUAUAUUGUUAUUUGUUUAAAGAAGAUGUUGGUAAUCAAGGCGGAAGAGAUACAUGGUCUUCUAGUUCUAAAGGCUUUUGUGAUUGGAGUAAAAAGGGGUCAUUAAAGGAACAUGUUGGGAAUGUUGAUAGUCAUCAUUUAAAGGCGGCACAAAAAUGUCAUAAUCUCAUGAAUCAAAAGAAACAUAUGGAUGAGAAUAUGAAGAAGUUGACUAAAGAAGAAAUGAUUGCAAACUAUUAUCGAUUACUUGGUUCCGUUAUGAGUGCUAGAUUUUGUUUAGAAAACUCUUUACCCUUUCGUGGCCAUGAUGAGUCGGAAGAAUCUAAUUCUCAAGAAAUUAAAGAUGAUGUGUUUGGGUUGUUGGUAGAUGACUCUAGUGAUGUUUCUUUGAAGGAGCAAAUGGCUGUAGUUGUUAGAUUUGUUUAUAAACUUGGGGCUGUUAGAGAGAGUUUAAUCGGAAUUGUUCAUGUGAAAGACACGGCUUCUAUAACUCUUAAAGAAGCCAUUGAUGAUUUAUUAGCAAGCAACCAGUUAAGCAUAAAGCAAGUGAGAGGGCAAGGUUAUGAUGGUGCAAGCAACAUGCGGGGAGAAUUUAAUGGGUUAAAAGCGUUGAUUUUGAAAGAUAACCCGUCAGCACAUUACAUCCAUUGUUUUGCUCAUCAACUUCACUUCUUGCAAAUGAAAAGCUAUGUUAAGGGAGGAAAAAAGGCUAGAGUGGAAAAAGAAUUACUUGAAGGUGAAAUUAAAACGGGUAAAGGAUUAAACCAAGAGGUUUCCCUAGCACGAGCCGAUGAUACGCGAUGGGGUUCGCAUCAUAGAACCAUCAUCAGUUUGCUUAGAUUGUUUCCGGAAGUUGUGACCGUACUCCAAUAUGUUAAAGAAGAUGGAGAUUGCAGUCAACAACGAACAAAUGCAAAAGGUAUUCUAUCAUAUUUUAAAAAACUCGAGUUUGUUUUUUAUAUGCAUUUGAUGGGAGAUAUAUUAAGUUACACAAAUGCUCUUUCAAAACACCUUCAACAAAAAGGUAAAGAUUUAUUAGAAGCGACCAACUUGAUAAAUGGUACAAAACGAGCAUUAAAUGCUUUAAGACAAAAUGGGUUUGAGCCGAUGUUGGAAAAAGUGACUUCCUUUUGUAAAAAAUACAACAUUACAAUGUUGGACAUGACGGAAAGUUAUGGUAACCCAAGAAACCGAAAGAAUGUCAUUACAAAUCGACAUCAUUUUGAGGUUGACAUCUUUAAUGAGGUUUUAGACAUGCAAAUUCAAGAAUUAGGAAAUCGAUUUAGUGAGGUAACAACUACUUUGAUAAAAAAUAUGUCGGGUUUAAAUCCUUCUAACGGUUUUUCUAAGUUUGACCCAUCGAAGAUAUUGGCAUUUGCUAAGAUGUACCCCGAUGAUUUUACUACACAAGAAAUAGGGACUCUUUUGGGUGAUAUUGAGUCAUUUCGUCACACAAUAAGCGAUGAUGAUAACUUUGACAACUUGAAUGGAAUAAGUGAUCUUGCGCGUCUUAUGGUUGAAACGGGAACGCAUAUUUCUUGUCCUAUAGUUUAUCGGGUAAUUCGAAGUGAUUUGUCGUCACCGGAUUUUCAUCAAUCGGAUAUUCAUCAGAUUUUUAUUUGUAUCGAUGGAGAAUCGAUUGAAGAAUUGAUCAAAAGAUAUAUCGAGUUGUAUUGGGAGAUGGUGAGAUUGAAGAUAAUCAAGACCAAUGAGGAAUUGGUUAACAAGUUAGCAAAUGCUUUACCGGAUGAUAGAUGGAGCACGUAUAUGUUAGAUUUGAGGAAGAUAUACUUAGACGUGAAUUUAAGCUUGUUUAUCGAGAAGAUUAAAGAGCGAGAACGUGAAUUCCAAAAGAUUAGAAAUGAAGCAACUGAUGAAGCAAAAUUAAAAUCUGAGGCAAUCGUUCAAGAGGUAGAGGAGCAGGUUAAAGAAAUUUCAGCUAUCAAGGUGGAGAAAAAAGCUGAAACUUUUCGUUUAGUCGUGUUAUUUGUCAUCAUGGCAGAAGACGGGAAUGUGCAAAUCGAAAAGUUUGACGGGAAGAAGUUUGGUUGGUGGAAGAUGCAGAUUGAAGCACUACUUUGUCAGAAAGACUUAGAUGUAUUGCUCGAGGAUGAAAGGCCAGAAAAAUGCCACAAGCAGAUUGGGAUAGGAUGGAUAAGAAAGCCAAAGCAAUGA